AGCAUUGAAUCCUAUGUUAUGUUACUUUUGAUCACAGCACUGAGCUUGUUAACUUUGGUGAACAGUAUAUUCUUCCCAAUUUAUCCGAGGCUGAAACUGCCAUCGAAGUCAAGCAAAGAAGCAGGGGACCCAGUAUUUGUGACCCCGUAUCUCAAAAAGGGCCUAAUAUGUGCAGCGCAGAAUCUCACCCGCGUGCAUUUACCAGAUGUACCAGAAGUUGCGAGUCAUGCCGGGUUCUUUACAGUUGACAAGAAGUACAACUCCAAUCUAUAUUUUUGGUAUUUUCAUCCUUUUUCUAGGAAUCAAACGGCACCAGUGCUCUUGUGGCUCCAAGGCGGACCGGGAAGUAGCUCUCUAUACGGACUCUUCGUAGAAAUAGGACCCCUAAUGGCCUUUAGAGGCAAAAUUGUUCUAAGAAAGUAUCACUGGGCUCUGCAGUACCACUUAGUAUUCAUUGACAGCCCAGUCGGAACUGGAUUCAGCUUCACACAAAAUACUAAAGGUUACUGCACCAACCAGGAUUGCAUCGGCAAGGCCCUGUACUGGGGCUUGAGACAAUUUUUUCAAUUAUUUCCACAUUUAGCACACAAUGAUUUUUAUAUAACCGGGGAAUCUUACGCGGGGAAGUACAUACCGUCUUUAGGAAUGAUGAUCCACAAAGAAAAUGCUAAAUCAAAAAUUAAAAUUAACUUAAAAGGCAUGGCGCUGGGGAAUGCUUACUCCGAUCCCUUAAACCAGUUGGAUUAUGGUAAUUUCCUGUAUCAACAUGGAUUGUUGGAUAAUUACCAGUUGGAAGUAUUUGAGAAAAGUCAAAAAGAAAUUUACUCGGCAAUAAAGAGUGAAGCGUGGACGCAAGCGAAUAUAUUGAUGGACCGGCUGAUGGACGGGGAAGUGACGCAUUUUGCGCUCUUUAAAUUCUACACAGGGUAUAAUUACUAUUAUAAUUUUCUGCAGUCGACAUCGAUAGACGAAAAGACGCCAUUUAUGAAGUUGUUAAAUAAGAAUGAUGUGCGACGAAGUAUACAUGUGGGGGGGAGGUCGUUCCAGGACGGGGAGACAGUUCAGCUGAUGCUGUCGUUGGAUAUGAUGCAGUCGGUCGCGCCAGCGAUCUCCGAGCUACUGUCACAUUACCGCAUGCUCUUCUACAAUGGACAGCUGGACAUUAUCGUGGCAUACCCGCUCACAGUCAACUUCAUAAACAAUUUAAACUUCUCCGCUUCCGACGAGUAUAAAAGAGCCACGAGAAUUAUUUGGAAAGUCGGCAAUAACAUAGCCGGGUAUAUAAAGACCGGCGGGAACCUUACCGAAGCGUUAGUGAGGAACGCUGGUCACAUGGUACCGAAGGAUCAGCCAAAAUGGUCACUGGAUUUGAUCCAAAAAUUUAUCAAAAAUGAUUACAGAUAGACCUGAGUGUCCUACGCUGAAAGUAGACACAUUUAAAAAUGACAAAAAAUACUCGGCCGGUUUUACAGUCAACAUAUCCAUAUAAUAUGGUCCAAGCCAAGUGAUGCAGAAAAUACUCCUAUCACUUUUUGCUUGAAUCUGGUGUAGAUUGUUCAUAGAACAGAUUUAGAACGAAUGUUACAUAAUAUAUUAUUAUAUUUUAUUAUGUGCCAAGCUUGGCUUUAAACGCUUAUUUCUAGGCUUUAAUUCUAGACUUUACAUAGCAAUAACUGAUUUAAAAUAAUUGAUACUAAUGAUUUACACAUAACACGCUUGUAUUUUUUAUAGGAAUGAUGAAAAUAAAAAUAUAUUUUUCAAUUUAUCGAUUAUUUUUAUUUCAUAAAUGCAACUAUUACUAAAUAAAUACUAGAAACUAAGAUCUUACCCAUUACAAAUACAGUCAUUUGUUUACACAUACUUUUGUGAGAAUCGUAGUUUUAUUUUUUCGGUAGUAAAACAUCGUCUCUUUAAACUUAGGCUAAGGACACACGGCGCGAUAUUCUUUCGCGCCAGUCUCGGUGGCGCAAUGGAGGCUGAAUAUUCAAAUACUCACGUCAUAGUAGUUUUCUGCGAUCCGCAGCCGCCGCUGUUGCUAUUAUCACCCGCAUACUUGGUGGUUGAUUAUAUACAAGACGAGCGGGCGGUUAAAAAAUUAGUUGAGUUCCAGACCGGCCUCCCAUUGCGUUCGCCCGCCAACCGGUCGGCCGCAGCGAGAGCCGCAAACAAUCACAACCGCCGCGGGCAUAUUUAAAACGCGCCGUGCAAAUCGGUUUGAUUUUUUACAUACAUAUCAUAAGUAUUCAACAAAGGCUGGCCCGCAACCGCGGAGGGCGCGGAAGAAAAUCGCGCCGUGAGUCCAUAUAGUCAAUACCACUGCAACUAAAGGUACGGUAAAAUUGGGUGAAUAGGGAUCGAGAUGUGAAUUGGGACAGAAGACAUUUUGGAACGAGCGCUAGCUUCACUGACGGACAGAC